AUGUCUCCCGCCAGGCACAAGCGGCUUGGCCACAAGAAAUCCAGGAACGGGUGUUUGCGCUGCAAGGCGCGGCGGGUCAAGUGCGAUGAGAAACGCCCGUGUGGGCACUGCAUCCGACACGGAGUUCAGUGUAGCCUCCUCUCCUCUGAACCACCGCUGCCGCAACAGGCUCAGACGCCCGUCUCCGUCAGUGCCAGCCCUCUUGCCGUUGAGGCGCCGAGCCUCGUUCUCACAGACGUAACGGCGACUGAGGCUGCUUCGCCUCAGCAAGGGGACAAUGUCACAGGACACAUUGAUGGUGUGUGGCCGAGUCUCCAAGACCAAGAGCAUGGAAACCAGAUACCUGCCCAGUGGAUGCAGAGCCUCCUGCUCAUGCAGCACUACUGCAAUCACACGUACAAAACUCUCUCCCGCUCAGCUACCGAGGAACUCUGGAAAGAAACGGUUCCAAAGACUGCUUGCCAACAUGAGUUCUUAAUGCACGGGCUUCUAGCCGUGUCGGCUCUUCAUUACGCGCACAUGUAUCCCCAACAGCACACCGAGUAUAUUGUCGUCUCAACACACUACCAGAGCCUCGCCCUGCGCUACUUUGCAGACCGCCUAAGCGACAUCGACGAGGAGAAUUGCGAGGCGUACUUCUACCUCGCCUCCUUCAUCUUCACGCUCAGCCUCUGUCACAUUACCCAUCCCCCUCACCCCGUGAAACCGCUUACGCCGGACCAUGUCUGUCAGGCCUUCAUGCUCCUGCAAGGAGUCAAGGGAAUACUCGACUACAAGCCUCUCGGGGAAUGGCGACAGCGCGGCCCCCUCGCUUCGUUGCUCCAAUCAUACGAUAACAUCUCGAGCCAGCCUCCCAGCUCGAGCGCCUUCACACGGCGUUUGGACAAGAUCUCGACCAUAGCAAGAGAGCUCCCCCGAUCGAUGGAGGUGCUCAACGAGCAGUCGUCAUGCAUCCUGGCGCUGGAAUCUUUGAGAACAACCUACCAGGUGUGCGCCUUCUCAUCGGUGGAUGCACAGUCUGCGAUAUGGUCGUGGCCCAUCACGUUGCCAUUGAUCUUCAUCGAGCUGUUGGGCCAGGGGAAUCAUAUUGCUCUUAUUAUUCUUGCGCACUUUGCUGCGUAUGGGCGACCUUUUGAGCAUCGCGACUGGGUGAGCCAGGGAUGGAGCAGAUGUGUAAUCGACAUGGUCGAGCGCGAGCUGGAUCAGUGCUGGCAUGAGUGGAUUCAGUGGCCGAAAAAGAGUAUUGACGAGGAGAUCAACGUUGAGGAUAUGGCCUUUGAUGAGCCGUGA